AGAAUAUGUAAUAAGGGAUAAUUCAUGAAUGAUGGCGGAUUGGGUUGAAUUUUUCGCUCGAGAAACACCUCCUGGAAACUUGAAAGAAGUUAGAACUACUGUCGGCGAAUUUGCAGCAACACAAAGGGCAGCUGGAAGGGAUGUAGUCUUUGUGACGGUGAGUGGUUAAUCCAUUGACUUGAAGAAUUUGCCGAACGAAACCAGACUGUCCGGAAAUCUAUGCACAUAACACUCCCUAAUGUCGCACUAUUACGUUUAAAACAUGCAAGGACGCAGUAUAUAUUAUGAGUAAAAUCAGGUCGAGUGCCAGUAUGAAUCAUAAAAGUGCCAUUCGUGGUUUGGCACGCUGGAAUUGUUCUUUAAAGACAAUCUUUGUCGACACGAGUUCGACAUAAGCUAAUACAUUCUUUAAGUUUAAUAACCGUUCAUGGCGUUAGUUGAUUCACAGAUUAAUAGUUUUAUGCCACUUAGGCAAGAGUUGAAUUUUAAUGCUUCGAAACAUCACUUGAAAUUCAUGAGAUUCAAUCUCGGAUGUUUUCUUUUUAAGCACCCGAGAAUCUAAAAAUGUGCAGACUGGUAAUCGAGGAUGUAAUGUUUUAAUGCACAGCCUAGAUUUAUUUAAUCUUUUUAAACACAACGCUAAAUUUGCAUACUUUUCGAAUGGUUCCACUUCUGUAAUCACUAAUGGUUUAAAUGGCUUAUUGUUCUUUCAUCUGAAACCAUUCAAGUCUGUCGUUAUUUAACAGGGCAUUUGCAUAAAAAUUCGACUUAACGUUGAUUAUUCCCGUGACAGCCUCCGAUUUCGUUGUAAUGAACGAAGUAAUGUGUCAUGGGAUGUGCGGUUGACGAUGGAACUUGAUCUUUGAAAUCAUUAUAAAAGUUUACUUUUGACUGUUAGUUAGUUUCCAGUUUUCAAUGACCACCACACAAAGAAUAUUUUGUUAGUUGUAGUUCUCAAUAUAUGUUCUUGUCCUCAAAACAAGUUUAAUUAAGAAGCUUGUUAAAUUAGAUUGUUUUACCCAUCACGUACCACACUGAAAAUCAAUUGCAGAGUAUUGUUUUACAUUGAACAACAUACACACCUCGUGCAUUUGCAUACAGUACCUUUUUUUAUACAGUUCAUAAAUUAAGGGUUGUUAUUUAGUGAAAAGAUGUGAACAAGAAUAAAUGUAGCAGGCAUUCUGACAGACUCUAAACAUAUUAGGAAAUAUGCAGUAUUGUCCAGGAGGUGAAACAUAUGAGGAAAUAUGCAGAAUUGUCGAGGAGGUCUUAUGUGAGAAAAGGUCUAUUAUGCGACUAAUGAUGUGAUUUCUCUAUUGACUCUCGACACUAUUAUCAGACGAAUCACAAUAACGUAAUUCAGGAGCCCAUAACCCGGAGUGAGCAACUCCCAUACUAGGCCUAUGUCAGGGGCGUUUUUACGGACCAGUUUAUUUUUAGACACAUUUUAGGGAACUUUUCCCCCUCGAAAAUAGAAUCUCCACAAUGCUUAUGAGCGCAUUUGAAGUGCAGAAUAUCAAAAAGGAAGACUAAACGUUAUUAAAAGGCCAAAAAUAUCAGUUUUAGGUGUGUAGGAUUUGCUGGCUUGUUUGCGGAAUUCAAAAUUUGCGCCAAAACCGUUCUGAAAAUAAGUUGGUCCAUAAAAAUGCCGUGACAUGAGCACAUGGAAGUAGCUCCUCCGGGUUAUGGGCUUGACGUGCAUAAUUUAAAAGUUUCAGAAGCUUUGCGUGAUGUUAGGUAAUCAGAUGAGAAUUGUACGAGAUAGCUCUAAUUAAUGUCACAUUAGUGCUCCAAGCUAUACUUUUUUUCAAACUUGAUUUUUGGUGACCCAAAAGUAUCUAAUGGUUACCAGACAUAAAAUAUUGACCUAGAGAUGCAAAAGACAACAAAAAAGAUUAAGAACACUUGAAUUCCAGCUUGUCCUUUUGGGUAAGCAGCUCUCCCAUUUGGCCUUGAUUUCCACUGUCUCCAGAGUGCGAGCUCAUCUUCCUGAACAUCGGCUGGUAAAUUAUCGAGCCCUCUCUCGCAUUUUGCUUCCCCGGAACAUUUUGUAGCAUUUCUGAGGGCGCUUACCAUUCGUCAGAAUUGGAGAAUUAAUCAGGACUUUCUAGCCAGAUCAGUUCAUUCCUAAAUGGUGUUCAUAGCAGUGAUCGGUUGUCAUAAAAAUUUUGAGAACAGACUUGUAUCUCAUUUUCAAAAUGAACUCUCUGGUCAGCCAGUUCUGCCUUUAGAAGGCGAAGGUGCUCUUAGGUACUGAUUUGAGCUGAGGCAUCCUUGGAGACUGAAGGGUAGCUCAGCUGGAUGGAAAUCUUUAAAAAACGAACCCCUUCAUUCCAGUUCCACUGCUUUUAGUUUUAGAGAAGUUGACCUAAUACAGCUAAUUUUUAUUUCAUGCACCAAUGACAUGGGUAAAAAUUUGACAGAGUGUUUGAAUUUUUUAUUUUGCAGUCUGGAGGCACGCGUGUUCCUUUGGAGGCCAAUGCUGUUCGUUUUAUUGAUAACUUUAGCAAUGGAACCAGAGGAUCUGCCUCGGCAGAGUAUCCUUAUAAUUUUAUGUACAAAUAAAUUAUGAUAUGUAUGAUAUUAGUAGUCGGACCCUGCUCCAUCCUGCCAUAAGAUUUGCUUACGGGCGACUUAAAUUUAAAACAAGGAGCCUGCCUGGGCACCUAAAACUUAUGAUUUUUGUGGCUUCCAAUGAAGGAACAACAGAAUUCCCUGCUGAUUUCGCGCUUUUGAAACAAAGACGUAAAACAUGUGUUUGUUGACCGUAGGCAAAAAAUUUGCACUGAUAAAAGCGAAAAAACAAGCACAUUUCUGGUAACUUGAAACUCGGACGAAUUGAGUUUCGAGAGGUGAGAAUCGAGUUUUUGAGUAUCAUUCUGCAUACUUAUUUAAGUUUAUUGGGCUCCUAGAACUGUGGCUUGGGCUCCUAACGUUUUAUUUAGGUAGCAGCCCUGUUGGGUGGUCCUGCUCUGGAGAUAUAUUUCUUGCAUGUUUGGUUUUCCUCUAAUCCAAAGAUUGCUACCCUACAUUUAAUUUAAUCUUUUAUGUCAUUUAUCAUUCCUUGGUUAGCAUUAACCUACACAAUUCUUCUGAGACUUUGUGAAUUUUACCUCCUUGAUAUUUUUUCUAAGAUACUUUCUUCAGCAAGGUUAUGCUGUGAUAUUUCUACACAGGCAAGGUUCUCUACAGCCAUUCACGCGCAACUUCCCUUCACAUGAUAUUCUGGAUCUGCUUCAACUUAAAGACCUCCCAGAUGGAUCUAGCCAAAUUGAAGGUAAGGAAGAAAUUUACUGUUAGGAAAUAGGAAAUUCAAAGUGAUGCACAAAUCCUUGCUCUAGAGCGCCAACAAAGUGCUGGAAAUAAGUUUUCUUUAUUGAAAGCACAUGACUGGAUUAAUCACCAUUUUGGUGGGACAAAACAAAACUUAUGUUUUCUGACAUACAGCUAUUUUGAGAAAGGUUGUCGCAAAAAGCGCACGCAACAAUUUUGAAAGGUAUUUUGGGUGGUUUGGAGUUCACUGUUCUUCAAAGAAAUUUGAAAGAAUGGCUUGAGAGGCCAUAGACUUAUGUUUGCAAUUGCUAAAAAAGGAAAGCAGCAACAGAAGAUUUAACAGCUACAGUGCCAGAAACAACGUCUUGAUCAUAUCCCAUAUCACAUUUCAGGAUUGUCGUAUGCACAUUUUUUCUGACAAACUUUCUCUAGGAGCUUUAAUCAAGGAUGCAUUAUGCAGAGUGACCAACAUCUAUUUUCUCCUAAAGAUAUCAAUGCAUAAUCAAUAGAAAAGGUUAUAGAGAAUUCAUAAAAUGAUCACCAUCAAGGAAAAAUCCUUUGAUUUUUAAGCAAAUUAAUUCUUUUAACUAGUUCUUUAAGGAAAUAUAUUGAAAUUUAAGUAUUGAGAAUUUCUGUGUGGAUUUUGGAGCUUAAAGAACAUUGUGCAUCAUGUAGGCGAGAGAGUCAAAGGUAGACUCAUUACUGCCAAAUUUACUAACUCAGACUGUCCAACCAUCCUAAUCUCGUCAGGAUUCUCCCGAUCUUGCUUGAAAAUCCUGACUCCUGACCAAUAUGCAAUCGGGAUAGGAAAUAUCGUGAUUUUGACGUCUGUUUUGAUAUUAUCAAAUGAAUUCUUAGGGUAAAUACACAGGAACACUAGACUGAAACUGAUAAAAAAUAUACCACUUGAAAUAUAAAACAAAAUCAAGUACUUGUAUGUGAAAAUAGGCAUAAAAUAACAAUCGAUUUAGUGAACAUUUUGGAAAGAAAUUGCUCUCUCAGAACACAAAAAUAGCGUUUCGGAGCAUCAAAAUUAAGAAAUUUUUUGGGGUAGCAUGCCCCAUGGCACCCCUAGCAGCUCACACUCUAGGCGCUGACGUGAUUCAUUGGUUAGUAAAAAAUAGCCCAAUUUUACGUACUCGAAAGGUUGGACAGUCUGCUUACCUCAAGUUGGAGCCACUUUUUCUGUUUCAAACUCAUUAUUAUACAUUAUUACCACUCCCAAAAACAAAAGAAAAAUUUAAAGCAAGAAAAAUUUAAAGCAAGGAUAAAAUUGAAACACAACAUAUUUAAAAAAUGGCUUUAAAAUAAGACUGUCCUUUGUCGUAAACAUGGUAAUAAAAUUGAGGUUGUAGUCCUAAACAGGCUGCGUGUUUUUAGGAUUUUCUUGUCCUAAAACAGGGUCAAGGUUUCAGUGGCUCACCUACAGCAAAAUAGUGGUUUAGUACCUCUCUUCCCCCUGGGGGUGGGUGGGGUGGGACGGCAAAAAAGAGAGAGUUUCCAGUAUUUAGAUCACCAGAGGUUCAGCAUCUCUGCUUGUGUAUACAUCUAAUCACUUUGCUGAUUAUUAUAUUAUUUUUUUUGCUCACUAGUCAAUUCCCACAAACUUCCAAAACUGAUCCAAAUUCUCAAGGUUUACAGACAAGUAAGUAGAUGAUUUAGUGAACAAUUCCAGAAGUUCAAUACCAUGCGAGCAGAGGCUACAUUUUCGCUGUGUGAGCUGUUGUACGAAAAGUAGCCUCUGCUGACAACCGUUCAAAUCUGUCCAGAAAUCUGGACGAAUAAAUUAAAAACAGGUUUUUUUUUCUUGUUCUUAACCGGUUUAGAGCAUCGCGUGAGUCUUGUGUGAGUCUUGCGUAGCAGACCAGAGUUGUUGCAAUUUUUUAAUUCCCGAACAGACCUGACGAUUAAUUUUGCUUGCUAAUCACGUGAUGAAUUUCGCACAUGCACGAUAGAAAAUUGAACGGUUGUCAGCAGAGGCUACUUUUUGCACAUGCCAGUUCACACAGCGAAAAUGCAGCCUCUAUUCGCGGGGUAGAAGUUCAAUAUUACCCUGUCAUUAUAUUCGGGGCUGUCACUGAAAUUUAGGUACAUUCACUUUAUAGGUUGGAACUUGAACAGCUAGGAAGUUCUUUUGGUCCUUAAGUAGCCUGAGGAUCAUGUUCAUAGUAGCUGGGGGAAAUCCCUGACUUCCAGCUCUUACUAAUUGCUCUGAUAAUAAUGAUAUAUUACACUGUAACCGAUUAUUUUACUUGCAUUUUGCGUUGAAUAUGGAAAGUUGAUAUGACUCACUCACAAGUCCCUUUACUUGUCAAUGAUCACAGAUGGUUUUAAUUUGCUUUCAAGCAUGUUCUUGAUGACCACACAAGAUUUUCUAACAACACAUGAAUAGAAGUUUCUUGUGAAAAUACUAGUAAAAUGGGAGUCUUUAAUUUUGUCUGUUAGCUGUUUUUCCAACUCUUAAUGGAAAAUUCUAUCAAUUUAACAAGAUUUUUACUUGAACGUAUCAAAACAUUUUUUUGCAUAUUCAGGAUGUCAUAGUUCAUCUUUAAUGUUUCAUUUAAGGUACGAGCUGCAGGGACAUUACUCAUGAUUGAGUAUAACAGUCUAUCUGAGUAUUUAUUCCUUCUAAGGGGUGUGGCUGAAUCUCUUGCACCCCAUGGCCCCUCCAUCAUGUUGUAUUUGGCAGCUGCAGUUUCUGACUUUUAUGUUCCAUCCCAGGAUAUGGUAAGUUUGAAAAGUUAUACUCAACAUCUCCAGUUAAAUUCCGUUAUUUAGAGACUUUAGUAUACGACGGUGACAAUGGCGGUGGGGAUGCCAAAAAAGCAAUAGGGUUAACAAGCAAAAGAACAACUUCGCUGAACACUUUCUUGUACACUUGUUUGCCGUUCCUGCAGACCACUCUGUGAAAUCUGCAUAUGCAAGGAUGUAAACAGAUGACAACAAAUUUUUCUUUCUCUUUCUGAACUUGGGUGCAGUCCCUAAGAAUUCAACUCCAGGAAAAUUCACUUAAAUUUAACAUUUUAAGCUAGUUGGAAUAAGCCUUUGGGACAAAGUUUGAAAAAAUUUGAAUUUAUUUUAAUAGUAAACUAUAGUGAUGUUAUUCCCACUGUCGCUGUCGUCGAUGCUAAAGGUCCCUAUUGUGGACCCCAGGAACCUACAGUUUAUUGUCCUUCCCUCCUUGUCAGUCUUGCAAUCAUGAAGCAGUGCUGUUACUAGGUUUAUGCUACUACAAGAGAAAUUUCUGAAAUUUGAUUGGCUUAGAGCAGUGGUAUUUCAGCUUAAUUUGAAAUACCUACAUGUGAAAAUUACAAACCUUUUGCGGGUAGUAGUAUAAACAAAUAAUAGCAUGAUUUGUAUGUGAUAUUUUAAAGUUGUCUCAAACUUCACUCGCCUAACGGCUCAUGAAAUCACGCAUAACAAUAAUUUUGAAAUAUCACUCUCGUGGUAUUUAUGCCAAAUAUGACUACAACUCAUACUAAUUUGCUGGAUAUAUGCAAUUAGUGGGCAGGGAAUUGAACAGUAAGGAAGUUCUUCUGGUUCUAUUUCCCUUCUUUUCCCUUGGAAACUAGCCUGGCGUCAUGCUCGUAGCAGCCAGGGGAAAUCCCUGGUCACCAGCAUUAGUCACAUCCUUGUUGAAGAGUAAAAUUAAUAAUAUUCUUUAGAAACAUUUGCAUCAAGGGGUGGCAUAUGUGUAGACAUUUACACCAGUAUUGGUUGAUUUAAAGCAUUGUUGGCAGUAUUAAAGGAGGAAACUGUUCCCUCAGCAGUCCAUUGUCAUAGGGAUCGGUACUAAGUUGUCUGAUUGUUGGCAUCCACGCUUCAGGAAUCUCAAUUCCACUGUCCAUGUAGAUAUUGCUAGGGUGAAGUCAUGUCAUCAUGAAUAGCCUAUGUUGAGGGUCUUGGUCAAUACACAUACUACUUUUAUUUAGUAGUUUAACAUGAAUAUUUUUUAUUAUUAUGGGCAAAACCGACACAGCUCAUCUCAAUAUUCAGAGUAAGGUAACUCCCCCUUCAACAGACACUGAUCCCAGCGUUGUCCAUUAUCACAAACUAAAGUAAAAAUGCUGAAAGUAUGACAUCAGAUGUUUUCCAGGAGGUACAUCACGUGACUAAACUUGUUUUCACUGGUCAUUACAUUAGUUUUUGUCAAUCAGUGUGUAAAUUGUCAGAGCUUGAAAAAGGUCUUGUCUGUUAGUCUAGGACAAGUAGAUUUUCUAGCUGGGCAUGUUACUUUUAAAGAUUACUUGCCCGACUGGCAAGGGCCCAGGCAAAUCAUCUAGGGUGGGGUCUGGGGGAGAGUGGAAUAAUAGUCUCUGAUCUUGAAACUUUUUGGUUAUGCAUUAAUAUUAUUUCUUCACAGCUUUUGGUUGGUUGUUUCCUUAAGGUGUUCACCUUUGUGCUUAAAAAUACUUGGAGGUUACGUGACAUGAUUUUGUUGAAUGUCUUUUUUUCAUUAAAGCCAGAGCAUAAAAUACAGUCUGCUGAUGGCCCACUCCAGCUUCAGUUGGUGCAAGCUCCAAAAAUGAUGGCUCCUCUGGUUAAAGAAUGGAUUCCGCAAGCAUUCACUGUAUCAUUCAAGGUACAUUAAAGCUUGAAAGCUUUGCUUAUUAUUCUGUUUAUCUUCAUUGUUACGCUACCUUGAGAAAACAGCUGAUAUUUUACGAUGUCACCACCAGUUUCCCUGCAAAAUGACAUCUGAGAAAUGACUACAGAAAUUCUAUAUUGAUGAAGUGUCACAACCUGGGUAGUGCUUCUGAUUGGUUAAAAUUUAAUUUUCCUAUUUUUCAUUUUGCUGAGAAAUCAGUGGUUGCGAUGAAAAGCGUCAGCUCUUUUUCAGGCAAGCAUUGCAUCAGAGUGUACUAGUGAUAUCUUUUCUUUGACCUUCUUGACUGGCAGGUAAAAAACACAGGUCACAAGUGCAGGUCACUGCGCUAUUGAUUGAGACAAUGGCAUUCCCUUAAUUUAAAACAUCAGAUUGUGAUUAGGGCUAGGAGACACUUUCAUUGUUGCUUAUUUACUGUAUGUAGCAUGGUGACCUGCACUCUAACCUGUGUAGCCUGCGUAGCAGGCUUCGAAAGGAGUAGGGGGUAGGGGAUAGGGAGGAAGGGAAAAAGGGGAGGGGGAUUGGGGAGAGGGGGAGGGGACGCCUGCUCUAAGAACCCCCUUUUUGUUCAUAUCUGCGGACGCUGGCGUCCGCAAAUUCCUGAUUGGCUGAGCCGUAAUGAGUAACAUAUUGAAAUGCGCGUUUCACAAAUCAACAAACAGUCGAGAUGGCAGCGGUAGACGUGGAUGUCGUAGAGAGUGCUUUGAGAGAUGUGAAUUUAUCUAGUGGUAGAGAAACUGUUUUAAAACCAGAGCAAGAAUCAGCAGUAAGGGCUCUUUUAGCCGACAGAGAUGUUCUGGCGGUUUUGCGGACCGGAUACAGCAAGAGUUUAAUUUACCAAAUGUUUGUACGCGCGAAGAACUACGAGCUAAAUGGUAAUGCGGCGAUUCUCGUCAUUUCGCCACUGAAAAGUAUUAUCGAAGACCAGUUGCAGGAGAUGGAAUUGUUGGGCUACUCAGCGAAAGAUUUAGCCAAUUUAUCAAGGUUCUGCAAUUAUACUGAGCAAAUGUUAUUUUAGCCGCGUGUUUCACACUGAGAGGUCAUGACAUACAUAUCGAUUGACUGUAGUUAUUGUUUUCUGGUCGGCAGGAUUUGCCCUCUGAUGCAAGCGAAAUUUCUUUGACCUCUUUUGAAGUGUAAAGCUUUUUUUAUUACGGCUGAAUAAGGGUUCCAAUUUUCUUCAAAGUGCCUUCUGGAUCUGAAUAACUAAGCGAAUUUCUUUGGUCCAUGAGUGUAAUGCUUUUCUGCAAUGGCUAGUGUAGCGACAGUUGAUUGACAGUAAGCGUAAUCGGAUUAUUAGAAAAUUGGUAGGCGUUAUGCAAAAACAUAGGCUCUUAGAGCAGGCGCUCCCUUCCCUUUUCCCUUUCUCCCUCCCCCCUCCCCCUCCCCUUUUUGCGCCUGCCAUGCAGGCUAUAACCUGUGUGGCCUCUAACCUUGUGACCUGCGUUUCGAACCUGCUGUUUACUAACCCUUGCUAUUCAAUUCUCUUUGCAGUUAGAAACAGAUGUGAACAUUAUCUCCAAGAAAGCAAGACGUGCUUUAGCUAAAUACUCACACCAGGUGUGUUAAAAUCUUGUUUUGAAUUUAGGGUCUUGUUUUGAAUUUUGUGUCUGUGGCCAUAUAUGGAUCUGUUUUGUUUUUUUAUUAGCUCGGAAUUAGAUAAUCUGUGGAUGAUUGGGAACGAGCAUAAAAGUGAAUUUUGACGUUCUUUACCUCAUGUAUUUAAGACUUCGUAUAGUCUCCAAGACCACCCCAUGUCAGUUUGUGUUUACCUGGAGUGGGGAGGUUAAUAGUUGAUUUUUUUUUUGGUGGGGAGGAGGGGGGUGCAAAAGAGAGAGUUUUGGCAUCUCCUCUUGUGUGAAAGGGGAAGUUUCUCUAGAUAUGAAAUCUAUUCUCAUACCAAAACCAAUUAUUUCAUUGGUUACCAGGUGGUGGUGUCCAACAUCUUACAAACCCGCAAGAAAACUGUAGUGAUAAUCACCCCGACGCAAGAGACAGCCAUAUGGAUGUCAGAUUCGGAGCUGGAGACUGGCAAAGAAAUUGAAGAGAAGAUUGUGAUUGAUCUUAAGAAAAUGCAUCAACAGUUUCUAGCUUCAUCUGUGUUGCAAGGUACUUAAAGCUCUGUGUAAUAAAUUAAUCAUGUUACUUUUCUAAUAAAAAUCACAGUCAUUGUGUGAAGCACUGUAAUAUUGAUCUUUUUUGUAACUAAUUGAAGAAAAUUAAAUGUCAUGAAUGUCAGUUGUUGUCAUUAGUAGCUCUUGCCGUUGCACACCAACAUGUCCUGCCCUUAACCUGGUCUGCUGACAUAAAAUGUGCAGAACUAAAUGCUAAAAUGUAAGCCUACAUAUAUCUGAAAAAAAUGACAAAUAUUAUUCCUUGAAAGGUGUAAUAUUUGUCAUGAUCUUUUUUCUCUUCUGUAAAAUCAAAAAUUCAAGAUAAGAGAAAAUGCCAAAAUUAAAGGAAGGCAAAACCAACAGACUUUCAGAAUAAUCAUCUUUUCUCUCAGUUUUUUAUUUCUUUGUGACUAUAACUUAUUUAUUAAUAUUAUCAUUUUCUUUGUAUUAAUUCUCAUGAAGCAUUUGGAACUCCAUGGCUACUGGAUUUAUUAUGUAAACAUUGAGUUAUGUCAUCGGUAUGGGGUUUCUGUUGCUGAGUCAUGGACGUUCCUCCUCGUGGGGCGUCCCUGGUGGUGGGGAGUGGGGAAGAAUGUCUGUUUUUGCAGGCUUAUUAUAGUGUAGCUGUAAUUAUUAUAGAUUUUAUUUAUACUUGCUCGUAUUUGAAUGAGUUUUUGUAGCUCCUCAACAUAACUUGUUAAAAUAAAUGGUUGAUUGCUUGAUUGCGUUACAUCUUAUCAAACUCUCUCGCAAAAUCACUGUUAUGAACAUACACAGCACAAAUGUGGAAUUUCUCUAACAUUUCCAAAGUUAAGUUUAGUUUGGCGAAAGCAUCGUUUACUGCACUUUUCAAAAACAUGCAAACUCUCAUGUCGAAAAGCCAACAAACAUUUGUAUUCUUCACUGCUGUCAUUCAUCCUAGUGGACCUCUUAGGAAACACAAGUUCACUCUGCCGAGUUCAAAAGUUCAUAGUUUGCGAUUUAUGAUUGGUGCAUUUUGAUCUGCUUUGUAAGUUUCUGUGUUCCAAAGUUUGUUCCCUGUGAUCGUAAUUAUGAUUGACAGCAGCGAAAAAUACAACUGUAAGCUGUCUUUUGAAGUUCAGAGUUUGCAUGUUAUUGAAAAGUGCAGUUACUAAGCUGAACUCCACUAACACCCAGCUGAUUAUGUCAAAAUGCCUGGCAAUUAUUUUCAUAUUAGUGUUCAUUGUUUUGUCAAUUAAGGAACAGCUGAAAUCAUGAACUUGGUUGGCCUGUGCAUGGUUACUACUGUCAUGUGUGUCAUUUUCACCCAAGAUAGAGAAUGUCCCAAUACCAUCCCCUACAAAGGGUUAUCUGGCUUGAACAACCCCCAAUCCUUUUAAAAAUGUUUUCAACCCACUUGACUCAGUUCAAUUGUGACCCCUUUUACAUUGCCUAGACCCUUUUUAAUGCUGAUUAAUGGCACUUCCAUUCCAACACAAAUCCAGGUGUUCUUUUAUUUACUUUGCACUGCUGUUUUCACUCUGCUCUCAGAGAAGACUUCAUUUUUUGUGCACUGCAGAAAAUCUAUUAACCUCCAGAUUAGUUAGCCUAUAAUGAUUUUAAAGAAUUUUGAACCACCAUAAAUCCUUUUAAAAUUUAUGGGCUUGAAUCAAAUAAGCGCCCGGGGGGCUAAAUAGAGGAUUUAUGGUUCAUUCAGCUAGUAUGACCUUGACUAAUAAUGCUUGUAUUCCGAAAAAAUGGUUCCAAACAACAUAUCAUAUAUAGAUUUAGCCAUGGCUAAAAGCGAAGCUCUCGAUAAUAUUUAUAGUUUGCUCAAACAAAAUAAAAAUAAAAUAAAAUUGUGUGAUGCUAAGUGGUGAAGGUAAUGAGAAUGGUGAAAGCACAACAAUAGUUAAUUAGCAAAAAAGCAAUGUUGCACGCGCAGCACACUUUUUUUGAACGUUACUUUGCCGUUGUUUUGCACGACUACAAUGAGAAACUUCCCGGUUACACAUUUCAUGGAGGAAAUAACAUACGUGUUCUUGUUCACUUUUUUUUCACUGCCACUCAUUUUCACCUUGGUGGCCCGUAGCAUUUCUCAUUUUCUCACCACUGUUACAAAAUUUUCAUGUUGUUCUACCAACAAAAAUGUAUCCUUUUUUUUUCUGUUACUCUAGUUCUCUGUCGCUCUCAGUUUUCUCAUUGAGCUUCGCUGCCUGGUCGCCUACUUUCUCUUUUUUUCUGUCUUUUUCUUUCUCUAUAUUCCAAAUUUGUGGACAUAACAACUAUUCAAAGCUUAAAACUUUAGACAAGAGGGAUGCAGAAACAAUUUCUGUUUUCCAUUUUUUUCUUUAUUGACUCUUUAGUUGUCUCUUCUUCACAAUACACGGGUGGCUACGCGAUUCCCUGCCAAAAUAAGCUCGAGCUGCAUUUGGGUUGCCAUUUCUGUCGACUGUUGACUUAUUUUACAUUGGUAUGUCUGUGGUACGGACGGACAGUCGCUCAGUUGGGCAAUGUAUGGAUAGAUUUUCUUAGCUCUGGGGCUCUGCCUGCGUGGAGCUCUGCUAUUAAGCCUUUCCUAAAUUUUAGGAAAGGCUUGUUGGGGAGGACAUCAAGGUUGAAAAUAUGCAAAUUAUUUGGAUUUUUGUCACUUCUAAUGAUAAAAAAAAAAAACGUAAAAUGUUUUUUUUUGCUGUUAAUGUUGAUACAGGUAAUACGAGAUCAGUUAUGUUGACUGAUCAACUUUGUCAAAACAGCAAUCAGAUACCAGCCACAGUUCAGGUAAGUUGAAUCGUCUUAUAUAACAAGGAUGCAAAAUUAUUAAUCAUAACUAUUAAUAACAGAAUUCUGUGACUGGCUUUCAGCCAAUGUGACUGGCUUUCAGCUGUCCUGAUUUCAGCACUGAAAAUUAAGAGGGCAGUAUGAGUCAUGCCUAUACAUUGUAAGUAACUGGACUGCAAUACGUGUGUUUUAAAAGGCUGAAAAUAUCACUAACUUUGUUGUAGAUAUGAUAAAUUGUUAACAGAACUUAUCUGUGUCUUCCUUUUUCGGCUCCAGUCAUACCACUGAUUAAACAAAUGCGACUCCUGUGUGUUAAUCUUUCGUAUGAUUACAGACCAAAUUAGACUCCACUCAGUCCUUUUACCAUUAUUAAUAGUAAAAAAUACUAAUUCAAAGAACAUCAAAAUAAUUUUGUACCCUUGCUCUAGAGGUACAUCUUUGAAUAUCCUUGUCCUCUAUAAACUUCAGCCACACAUGAUUAUUUUGAUAAAGAGAUGGACUAUAUUUUUUUCUCUAUGCAUUGCCACUAACUAUCAGGCAUCCAGGGUAAAUACUUUGAUGUUUCAGUAUCUCAAUGCCAUUUCAGUUAUGUAUCCUUGUGUAAUAUGACUGUAUACAGGUAUAACAGCUACAGUAUGUGGUCUGGAAUAUGGAAGUCAUUACUAUGAUUGAAGUUAUGGUUGAAAAUAAUUUCAUAGGAAGAACAUUAUUUUAUCUUAACCCCUCUGGACCAUUUUCAGAGCCACUGACACCGCUGACUAGUGUGACUUUUUAGCAUGCCAUCUACUGGGGAAGUACAACCCUCCAAGUUGCGACCAUUUUGGUUGCUAUGGUGCCUAAAAUUUUGGAGUUGGCGACUUGAUUUGUAAAAAGGUCUCCCUAAAUCAAAAGAGUUGGUUGCCAAAUGGCGACCAAGCAAAAACUUUAACUUGGAGGGUUGAAGUAGGGAUGAGUAACUCAAUACUGGAAUGAAGAGAAAAUUAUAGAGGAAAUUGGAUUACAGUCAGCUGUGUCUAAGAUGGAUACCUUUGGGACUGACAGUAAGGGCACUUUCCAUGUGAGAACUGGGCAUUCAGACCAGUCAAUUUGUAAAGAGAAUUGCUCUAUUAAUCAUGAGUUUUCAGUCAGAUCAGUCUAAUGUUUUAUAAAUCAUAUGCUCGGCAACGGUGGGUUUUAGGGAAAAUUUGGGGGAAAGACCAAUAUUUUAUUUUCCAAUUUUCCAGUAAGGCUGGCCGGUUGUGAAUCUUGGAAAGUGACCUUAGUGUCCCUCUAAAAGAGGUGUCUGCCUUUCAGAGAAACAAAGAAGAAGACUGAUGAGAAAGGUGGCCCAUCCAUCUCUUAGGGCAGUGUCCAUCUUUUAAGAGAUGUCCAUUUAGAAAGCAUUGAAUGUGUCUUGAUAAAUCCACAGGUGGGCCACUUUAUAACAACUCAUAUUCAACCUCUGCCAGUUUCUCAAAGUGGAGAAGGUGUUAUCACGGGGUUCCCACCAUAUACCAUUUCCACCGCUUCUCUUGCCCUGCCACCUACAGCAGCUGUCCCUCAAAUCCAACAAGCAAAAGCAGAGGAGGCACCAUCAUCUCAAGAAAUUGCCCAAGGCACUGCUCCCGAGCUGUCCGAUUUGUCAAAUUCCUCAGCGCAGAUAUUUGGCACUCUUGCAGAUAGCUGUUUGACUGCAGACAUGAAGGCCUUUAUUGAAUCUUUUAGGGCAAGAAGGAUUGCACUGGGAUACACCCAGGAAGAUGUGGGUAAUGAAUUGUCACACACCAAUGGACAUUCUUCUUACAGUCAGUCAUUUAUCUCCAGAUUUGAAUCUAAGAAUCUUGGUCUAAAGGCAGCGGAGAAAAUGAAACCUGUUUUGCAAGAAUGGAUUGAACAAAAAGAAGCAGAGUGUGCCAAAGGAUUGCGAAUGUGCAAAAAGCGUAAAAGAAGGACCUCCUUCACUAACGAAACUCUCCAGUUUCUUAUUAAAACUUUUGAACAAAAUUCAAAGCCCACCAGUGCUGAAAUUGUGGACAUUGCUUCAAAAUUAGGUCUGGAACCUGUCACCGUACGAGUAUGGUUUUGUAACCGAAAACAGAUGAUGAAGCGCAUGGUGUCUGGAAAAGGUCGUGCUGUUCACUCACUCAAGGCUGAACUCGAUGCUAAGAAACAGGAAAGUCCAAGCACAGAGGACAGAGAAUCUCCAACUAAACUUGACUUUACCAACAUGCCAGUAGGACAGUUCUCAUUCACAGAAGACCGUGUAAAGGCCCUUGUAUGCCUGUCAUCUGAUGGAAGCCCAGUGAAAAGUUCCCACACAGCAGCAUCCACUACAGCUGUGAGCUAUGCUCAAGUGCAUGACGACAGUAUUGUUCACUCUGUUGCUGAAGCUGCUAACACAUCACCAGAGAAUGCUCAGCAUGUUGAGCAGAGAUCUGUAACAGAGGUGCCUUAUACUUAGUCAAAGUACAGAUUCCCUUGACCAAGCAGGCAAGGUUCUAUACUUGACAGUCUCAAAUGUAUGAUCUAAUGAAGAGACAAACUGUACACUUGAACAUUGCACAGACUGAAGUGUUUGUGCCAUUGAAAAUCUGCUAACAUUGGAGAGGUCCUACUAAACGUUGCUAUACUUAAGUACAUGAAAACUGUAUCAAAUUUGUAUUAAUUUAUUUUGCAAGGGCAAGAUUGAUGGCAAGUGGACUGAAAUUGUGUAAUUUCAACCUUGUUUCUAGAGUCUGUUUUCUCUUCCCCUCUGGAGAGAAAGAGGGAGAUGUGGGUGUGGGUGGAUUUUGGAAAGAGUGCUUCCUUAAUAUGCCCUUGUGUUUUGGCUGACUUAUCCAUACCGAACUCAACAAUUUAUUUUUUUAGAUCUUGUGAUUAAAUUAAUCAGCAGACUGUAGGGGGUUGUGCCAUCCUUGAAACCACUCAAUAAAAUCCAUUGGGAGUGUGUGACAUUCACGAAAAUUUGCACUUAGUUCAAGUUUCUUCAUGCAACCAGCCCUAGGAGCUUGAGGAAAGAAUGAUGAUGGUUCAAGGAUUAUGGAACUUCAACUUAGCAACCAUUCACUUUGCUUCCUCCAUAAAUAUUUCAGUUUCUUUCGAGGAGAAUUUAAUUGCUGAUCUCCAACCUCAACCUAAAAGUGCAUGCUAGCUAUGUUUAAGGCUUCGUCUGGUAAAGUCUUGCUGAGAGCCUUUUACCUAAUAUGACCACAGAGACCAGCUAGUACACAGUAUCACAUGAAGAUGCUGUUUUUUUAGACCUGCCUUGAUUAAAAUCAUGUAAAUAUAAAAAUCAUAAUGAUAAAAUACUGUUAGCAUAUAUACAAGGUGACACAAAAUCACUUGUCUGUGCAAGAAUGGUCUAAUUAACAGCCUUUUGGUUUGGUGGAAGAUCUGUUAAAAAUACAGUCAAGCCUCUGAAUAUCUCUUUUAAUUAUCCUGAUAAUAAAUGGACAGUUCUACAAGUGUAUGGCCCCAUGAAAGCUAAAAAAAAGGUUUUGACUGUACAGCGGUCAGAUCACUUUUUUUACAUGUAGUUUGACAGUACAUAUUUUAAUUGUUUUUGAUCUUAGAGUAAAAUUUAAUGAUAGACUGCCAGAAUUAGCUCGACAAGUUUUUUCAAGAGGGUGAGAAAAUCUUACUUAAUGUUGCAAGAUGUUUGUUUUCAAGUGAAUUCCACUUGUAGAGUGAUUUUUUUCAGCAGUACAUAAUAGACAAUGCUAAGUAUGUCAUGUAAAUUUACUUUAGAUUAAACAGGUCUAUGUACCUAAGAAAGUGCAGUCCAC